CGAGUCCAACUCGGGCAACUCGUCCGCCGACGACAAUCACCUGCUCGAGCAGAUGAUCCAGCAGACCAUGAACAAGGAGGGCGGCGGGCCCCGGCCGCCCGGCUCGCCGCCGCGCCGUGUGCGUGCCGCCUGGUCAGGAGCUCACGCACAGACCAGCUGGAGCGUCAAGCAGUACCACAGGUACUCGGAACGACAGGCGGCGGCGGCCGCCGCGGCCGAGGCCGGGCCCCCGGGCCGUGCUGUCCCGCCGCUGCCGCCGCCGGCCGUCGAGCGGCCGCGCCAGUACGCCGUCGAGGGCACGCCCAUCAACUUCUCGACGGCUACCAGCUUGUCGGAUCUGACCAUGGACGACCUGGGCGAACCGGAGCCGGAGCCGCAGCUGGGCCCCGCACAGGCGGCGCACCGGCCGCCGCCGCCCGAGGUGCCCACCGUGUACGCCACCGAGGGCACGCCCGGCGUCUUCUCGCGGGCCGACAGUCUCAGCGACAUCGUGUCUGCCGUCCAGCCGCCCGAGGACCGCCCGGCGGCGGCCGACUGGCAGCGGCCGGACGGCGCGGCGCCGGACGCCUCUCCCUCCCGCACCAGCUCCCUCAGCUCGCUCAGCAUGCCCUCGAGCGACGGCGACAGCGAGACGGACGACAUGCUGCUGGAGCGCUGUAUCAGCUCGGCCAUGCCCAAGAGUCGCUCGGACGGCGGGCCUGCGGCGCCGCCGGCCGGCCAGCACACCGACCGCACAGGUGCCGCCCGCUCCAUUGGCUUCUAA